AUGGGUAAAGAGAAUCAGUUGGAGACAGAAAAUUGUGGAGUCAAUGAUCACGAUUGUCCAACCAUCAAGAACAACGAGGAGCUAGCAGCAGUUGAGGCACGUUACAGUACAGACAGUGACUCUGGUUUACCAACUUGUCGUGUGUGUCAUUCUGCAGAAUCCGACAGACGAGGAGAUGCGGCCUUAGGGCUCUUGGGGAUCACACCUCCGGUUCCAGAAGCUCGUGAAAGCAAUGCAGAAGAAACCGUUGAAGAUGAUGAUGAUGUAAGCAAAGCUACAGAGGCUGAGCUGAAGAGUUCCGAUGUGAAAGGCAAUGAUAUCGAGAUGGGGAUACAGCAGCAUCAGGACGCUUUGCUCGAGCUUGGAUGUUCUUGCAAGAACGAUCUCGCCUUGGUGCAUUACGCUUGCGCACUGAAAUGGUUCCUCAACCAUGGAUCCACCGUUUGCGAAAUCUGUGGAAACUCUGCGGAGAAUAUAAAGAGUGGUGAUUUCAACAAAGUGGUCAUUGCCUUGAGAGAUUACACGGCACUGAGAGAAGGAGAUCAAAACACAGAUUCAACGAUAGAUACAGAUGAAGCUGCUGUCAUUAGAAGGCAACGGCUUAGUGAGAUAUCCUCAUGGUUUGGUCCACAUUCCCUGAACAACAACAACAACAAUAGCUCUGUUGCGGCUACUCAGGUUGUGUCUGAACCACCUAUUGGUAUUGUGAACUUUCAUACAUUGCCUACGGAGAGCAGAGCAACUAAGUGGGCUGUGGAAGGUACCGGGAUUCUACUUGCUACCGGUUUGCUCACUGUUACUUUGGUCUGGCUCAUUGCUCCUCGUGUUGGAAAGAGAACUGCUAAGAGCGGACUUCACAUCCUUCUUGGUGGUCUGUGUGCUUUAAGUAUAGUCAUCUUCUUCAGAUUCGUUGUUCUCACUAGAAUCAAGUAUGGUCCUGCACGCUACUGGGCAAUCUUAUUCAUCUUCUGGUUUCUUGUGUUUGGUAUCUGGGCUUCUCGGACGAAUGCUCACAAUCACUCUUGA